UGUGGUUAUAUUUAUAGUUAUGUAGCUAGUAAUUAGUGUGUUGUGGUUAGGUAAUAACCAUCCACAUUUUAUAUUGAAUGUUUAAUUGGUGUUUCAAAUAGAUGGACAAUUUUUUGAGCUUAUAUCAUGGAGGCAAUGUGGAACAAGAUCCGUAUGACAGUCACAUUAGAGGAUGCACAGAAGAUACUUGGACUCAAUGUUGGUGGCAGAGCAGUGACAGGCCAAUGUGACUCUGACGGUUGGAGGGCUAGAGUUGAGGCCUUUCUUGGUAGGGAGCUUCCUGCUGAGGGCGUUGAAAGGACUGCUGGAGUAGGCAUCACAUGGCUCCGUCAGUCUUUUGGUGUGUGCCCUGCUGAUGCUGAUGAGGCUACAGUCCAGUUCUAUUGUCGAGCUUGGAUCUUGCACAUGUUUGGUUGUGUCCUCUUCCCAGACGCCACAGGAGACUGCGCGUCCUGGAUGUACAUCCCAUGUCUAACCGACUGGGAUACAGCUGGACAGUACAGUUGGGGCUCCGCUGUGCUUUCUUUUUUGUACCGGCAGCUUUGUGAAGCUUGCCGUCGUACGUCCUCCUCUUCGUCUAUAGGCGGUUGCGUCUACCUCCUGCAGAUAUGGAUGUGGUUUCGCAUACCAGUUGGUCGACCACGUGUUUUCCAGCCUAGACCCUGGCCAUGGAUGAUUCAUGGAAAUGAACGUCUUCGACCGACGUAUGCUUAUAUUUGGGACCAAGUGGCAGCUCCUUUUGCGAGAGCUAAGAGGGCAUACAUGGAGUAUGUUAACGAGUUUGACACCCUUUCUGCCUCUAGCGUCACAUGGCAGCCAUACAACGCACCUGAGUAUGCUGGGAUGAUCUUUAGUGUAGUAUGCAGCAGUGAAGAUGAACUCUAUAUGAUGCAAUGUCCUUUGAUCUGUUUCUGGUGUGUUGAGUGGCACCUACCUCACAGGGUUCAGAGACAGUUUGGUAGGAACCAGCUAUGGCCGGUUGAAGAUGUUCCUACUUCAAAGGAGCUACACAAAUUUGACCGGCGGAAGCAAAAGAAGAUAACGGACUUUCGUCAACAUCAUCUGAUAUUAGUAAAUGAUUGGGAAUCGGGUGCUGAGAAUGUAUAUUCCAACGAUGAGUUGCACAACAACAGUGAUUACAGGCGGUACCAAGCUUGGUACCAGGGUGCGACUCGUUGUAAGCUUCGUCAGCAGUGGACAGCGGAAGACUACGCCGACAUUGAUUCUUCUGACGAUGAGGAAACGGAGUAUGACCUGUCCACUAGACUGGGAACCCAAGUGGAGGCGGCACCCAUAUUAGAUCGAGUGGUAAGUUUUACUCGAUUUUAA